AACACGGAAGUUAUCUUGUGGUCCUGGCUCUCUGGCACCUUUACCGCUGAACUGCCUAAAGAGAAAAUCUGCGCUUUUUCUCUGAUUCACUCAGCUCACCGGCUUUUCUUGGACCCCCGAAAUUGUACCGCUGAUAGUCCGGACACUACAAUGCUCUCACCGAGGUUUUUGCUGCUGCGGUCGGCUGCGUCCUUGACAGCCAGGUCAUUCUGCUCAGGGGGCGCAUCAAAACAGGGCAGGGCGCCGGACAUGGUUGAAGGAAAUCCACUUUUUCACGUGUCAAAUGUGCGAAACAGGCUCAGAGAAAUCGUGGGAGCCUCCACCAACUGGAGUGACCACCAGCAGGCCAUGGCGGAGCGCGUGUCGCUGUCGUCCAUGUUGGCAAAGUCUCAAAACGACCUUCCAGCCAAGCGGAUGAAGGACAGCAGCCUGGAGGUCCACCUGCCUCUGGGCUCCGAGCCACAGCUGAGAGAGAAGUACCUGACCUUCCACAACACUGUCAGGUUUGGUAGAAUCCUGGAGGACUUGGACAGUUUAGCAGUCCUCAUCUCUUACUCUCACACCUAUAAUGUGGCUCUGAAGAGGUCUCCGCUGUCCAUCGUCACCGCCCUGGUGGAUAAGAUCGACAUGAGGCAGCACAUCAUCUAUCCUGACUGCGACAUCAAGUUCACUGGUCAUGUGACGUGGGUCGGAAAGACCUCUAUUGAAGCCAAGAUGCACAUGUCUCAGUACCGUGAUGGAGCUUAUGCCCCAGUCCUGGAUGCUACGUUCGUCAUGGUGGCCCGGGAUCCAGAAAACAAGAGAGCAGCUUUUGUGAAUCCACUGAAGCCAGAAGGUCCAGAGGAGGAGAAACUUUUCCAGCAAGGAGAAGCUAAUAAAUCUCGCCGUGUGGAGCUCAGCACUGCGUCUCUGCUGAAGGUGGCGCCCACAGACGAGGAGAGGAAGAUCGUACACAGUCUGUUCCUCAACACACUGGACACAAAGACGGUCAGUUUCCGCAGCAGACUUCUGCCUCCGAACUCGGUGUGGAUGGAAGAUGCUAAGCUGAAAGGACUGGAGAUCUGCCACCCGCAGGAGAGGAACAUCUUCAACAGGAUAUUUGGAGGUUUUCUGAUGAGGAAAGCCUACGAGUUGGGCUGGGCCAACGCCUGCUCCUUCGGAGGUUGUCGGCCGAGUCUGGUGGCUGUCGAUGAUAUCCUCUUCCAGAAACCCGUGGAGAUCGGCUCCCUGCUGCUGCUCUCGUCACAGGUGUGUUACACGCAGGGGAAGCACAUCCAGGUCAGAGUUCACAGCGAGGUGUUCGACCCGCUGACCCGCCAGCACAACACCACCAACGUCUUCCACUUCACCUUCGUCUCUGAUCGCGACGUCCCCAACAUCAUUCCACAAACAUAUGGAGAGUCGAUGUUGUACCUGGACGGGAAGAGACACUUUAACCAGACUGUGGAGCACUGAAAGCGACAUGUCUGCUGCCUGCGAAGCCUUCAGCGUAUUAUCAAUGAUGUGUGUGUGUGUGUGUGUGUUGAGAAGAAUGAAUGCAGUUCAUACAGUAUACUGUACAUCCUUUUUAUAUCAGCCUUAUUCAGUUUACACAGCCCACAUGGUGACCUGACUCCUGUUACUUUAUUUCUUCUGGUGUUGAGAGGACAACUACAGUGCAACAGAAAAACAGCUUUUUUGUAUUCAUUUAUGUUUUAUCUGCUCUGUUAGUCACAGUUGAAACCAGGGUUACACACGUUAAAAGCUUCUCUGCGGUCGUGUUUGACUGGUGAAAAUGAAGCAAACGUUUCACUUCCUGACCUUGUCUUAACCUCAUUUGUUCACAGUGUUUUACAGUAUGUUACAUUUUUAUAUUCCAUUGUCACUUAUACGCACAAAUGUCUUUGGCUUUAUCUUUUUUAUCUUGAACGGGAAUCUUUAUUUGUCUGAAUGUGUCAGACUGCUACAAGAGGGCGGAGGCUGCCAUUUUUUUCUUGCUUUAAAUCGUCUAUUUACUCAAAUGCAAUAAAUGAAUUCUUAUUUA